AUGGCAUUCUUAUGUCCCGUACGAAUUCGCCGUGGAAAAAAGAAAAAAUCAAGCAGUGGAGAUUCAGAGAAAGAUCUCUCCAGGCCUGGUUCCGGGUUAAGUCCCGGUAUGGGUAGAAUUACGGGCUCAGCGAGUAUAGAAACAUUAGUGAGAGUUGGCAUUGAAAAAGAACAUGGGCUUAGUCCAGACUCAAAAAUGGUGGUCCUUCAUGAUUUUGCUCCGUGUGUUGAUGAUGAACUUGAGGUAAAAAGAGGCCAAAUCGUUAAUGUAUUGUAUCGAGAGAAUGAUUGGGUAUAUGUAAUAGUUGCUGAGUCUCGAAGAGAAGGUUUUAUUCCACACUCUUAUUGUGCACCUUGUGAACAUCAUGACUUAAAGAAGAAGCUUCCCAGGAGUCGGUCACCAACUGACUUGGCAAACAGGGAUGUUUCACAAUUAUCCCUAUCAGAUGGAGCAACAAAUGACGGCCACUCUGAAUUAGGCAGCGAAGGAGAUGCCUGUCCAUUCUCUAAGGAUCCCUCGGGGAGAUAUGUUGUGCUCUAUACUUUUACUGCAAGGGAUGAAAAUGAUGUUGAUGUCGAGAGGGGUGAAUUUGUCACAGUUUUGAAUAGAGAAGACCCAGACUGGUAUUGGAUUGUUCGAAGUGAUGGACAAGAGGGAUUCAUUCCAUCUGGUUUUGUGUAUCCUGCAGUUGUACAAGCUGCACAACAUGAACCUACAGCGACCCAUGUAACACAAGUCAAGGCAAACAACAGUAUGACGAAUAGCUCAAGUCACAAUAACACAACUCAGCAGGAUAACGAUGGUCGAUAUCAUGGCACAGAACUAGUUAUGCUCUAUGAUUAUAAGGCUCAAGCUCCAGAUGACUUAUCAGUGAAACGCGGUGAAUGGGUCUACGCAGACCUCACUCAGCAAACGGUGGAGGGGUGGCUAUGGGCCCACGCACCCAAAUCCCGGAGAUCCGGUUUCAUCCCCACUGCAUAUGCGCGUGCGCCGCAUACUACGUCACUUUAA